AAAAAGGAAGUCUGUGUGGUUUGCUAACCCAUUGCAUCACCACAGCCAAGAACUGAAAGAACUAUAGAAACGAGAAGAUGAAGUCUGACUGGCUUAUGGCAAUUCUUGUUGGGAUCAUCACCAUGGCUGAGUUUGUGACUGCUGUUGAGGUCCAACAUGUCCAAUUUGGUUCCACAGUUACUCUGAGCUGUGGCGUCUCCUACCUUUACGAUACAACAUGGCUGAAGCAAAAUACAGAUCACACCCCGACGGUGGUCCUCUGUGGCGUCCUCAGAGAGGGAGAACCAGCCCAAGCGUGUCAGCUAAGCUCUCGUUUUUCAGUGAUGGUGAGGAAUCGAUCUCUGAUACUGAAGAUCACUGAUGUUGAGGAGACAGACCUGGGGCUGUACUACUGUAUUGCCAAUGAGAACUCACGAUUAAAGGUUGGGAAAGGAACCAUGCUAAAAGCCUCAGAACCGAUUCAGUCCAGUGGCACCAAGGAGAGGAAAGAGGAAAAGACACCUACAGCUUCACCUCCAGGUUCUCCUCUGUUUCUGGUUUACCCUUGGUACUGUGCGGCCAUGUGCUUGGGGCUGCUCAUUAUGGUUCUGACUGUCUGCAUCAUCCACUGGGCCACCAACAAGACCUCAAGAGCUAACAGUACCCAAAAAGAUCAAGCCCAUUAA